AUGCUGCUUGCCCUCCUCGCCUUCGUGAGUAACUCCAAUUGGGAUCCAAGUCAAGUGAGCGAGCUGUCCAUCAACUGGCAGGAGCCGGUGAGUUUCGAAGUGGUUACGGAGCCAGUGGCGACUCUUAUCAACCUCACGAAGCUGGUGAUGUUCGACUUCCAUUUCAUCCGCACUUCUUGCUUCUUCGGCACCGACAAUCCCGUACUCUAUUUUGUCGGCCGAUUGCUUACAUGCCCGGUGGCUUGUGCUCUGCUACUGUGUGCUUGGGUCCUGCAGAAGAUGCUCGGACGUCACAAGCCAUUCAACACGGUGUUGAAUCAGUGUGGAGUGAUGAUCUUUGCCUUCUUCCUGUCCAUCACCCGCGCGACCCUGAUUCCAUUUCAGUGUGUCGAGAACCCAAAUGGAACUAGCUCAAUGAUGCUGCACCCGGGCAUCAUUUGCUACCAAUCGGAGGAGCAUGCCCUCUUUGCUGCACUUUCUGUGGUAGGAGUUGUGACUCAGCCCUUGGCUAUCCUGGUGUUGGCCACCUACGUCAUCUUCACGUAUCCAUCGCGUGUAGCCGGUGGCAAGGGGCUUCGCUUCUCCACGCGAUAUCGUUUCCUUCUUCACAGGUUCAAGCCUUCGUCCUACUACUACGGCUUGGUCCUCCUCUACCGCAAUGCUAUCAUCGCUCUUCUGCCUACGGUUCUGGUCGGCGUGCCGGAAGUUCAAGUACCGUUAAUGGGCAUCAUGCAAACUGCGCCAUGGCGAACACAAAUGGCCAAUCGCGUCGACAUGCUGUUGACGGACCUUCUUCUCGUCACUCUGCUCAGUGCCGGUCCUCUGCUGCUACUGGACGAGGCUUCGUCCACGGCCGUGCUCGGUCACCACAAGGCAGGGGGUGGGAGCUUGAGCCGCUUGAUGAAGCUCGUGAUUCUGCAGCACUCUUCCGUGUUCUUGGACAGCGACCAGCUUCAGAACCUCGACUUGUUGUUUGACAUCAUCCGGACAUCGACAAAGAACGUGGUCGUGGUGCUCACCGGAGAGCUGCUGUCUAGAAGCUGGUGUGCGGGAGAGAUCGUAACCGCCUGGAAGAAUGACAUUCACACGGUGCCCUUGCUCUGCGAAGGUUUCGAAAGGCUGUCUGACGAGGCACAGAAGCAGAUCCCUUCACUUUGGACGCCUCACCAAGUUGCACAAUUGGCAAGCUACGGGAUCCAGCUUGAUGAUGUGAACUUGGCUUAUUCAUGGCUGCAGCAUGAGCUAACUCCUCUCCAAAUGGCCCGCUUUGGUCCAGUUUGUGGCAGGGAAAAGGUGGUCGUGGAGCUUAUGAACGUCUGUGGAUUGUCGUCUCGUCGAACGACGAGCAAGACGGCCGGACAUGUCUCACGACCCCGGAUUCUCAUUUUGAGCUCCUAUAUGGAGGCAGAGUAUUUGUCCGCUUGCGAGGUCUUUCAAAUUCUUCUACAAGCACACCUCCAUGUCGAGUGCGAGGUUGUGCACGAUUUUCAGCAGAUUGCCACAUGCAAGCCUUUUGCCUACUACCUCAUUGCCUUGCUUUUCCGUGGCAUCCUCCGGGACGAAGAUUUCAUCAAGCUUCUCCUGUAUGCUACUCAGACUUGUACCUCGUCAAAACGGGCCUUGGAAUUGGUGCCAGUGGUUGCCGACUCCAACUUCGAAGUUCCAAACGUCGACGGGUAUUGGGCUCUCUAG